CUGAACGGGCUGGGGGCGGCUCAGCGCUGCUCGGUGCCUGUGCCUUCCCCCCUGCCAGCCCCCCAGCCCCCCUGCUCGGUACUGGUUUGACUGGUGGUGUCAGACAAGGGGCAGUGCUCUUAAAUGGUUAGUAGGGAAGAAAUCAGAGUCACAAAUCAGAUUAUUUUAACUGGGUAAGAUGCGCGUCCAGAUAACCUGUUCAUAGAAUGCAGUGCUGGUUUUCAUAUCGAAAUUUCUUUGUAGGAUCAAUAAGUGACAGUUGAGGAUCUUCAGCAUGAUUAUUCAAGUAACAAAUAAUUUCUUAUGUUUCUUAAAAAUUCGGUUUCUUGCCUUAAUCUAAGAGUUUUCUCAUUGUAGUGCUGGAUUUAUUGAAGAACAGGGGCCACAGGUGGCUCAGAUGUAAUUGACAUACUUCAAGAUGAUGCUGCUGCUUUAUGUUGCUGUUCUGAAAUUUUUAAUUAAUUGGUUCCCUUUGCUCUGAUAUUUUACUCGUAGAUGGGGAAGCCAUAGGGAGUUUGUAUCAUGGCAGCAGAUGAGGAUGGACUGGGACUGUAUGAUAUCCGCUACAGUGCUGAAGCUUCCCCCUUCAGGGAAGGAGAUGAGAGCUCAGUGGAUAUUUAUGAUGGCUUGGACAGCAGUUUGUCGAUUUCUGACAAUUUCGCUGCAAAUACAACACCAUCUAGAAGCAGCUUAAAUUUAUUUGAUGAGAUAUUAAUUGAAGAAGGGACUGCAAAGAAAGCAUCCUAUGAUGAGUUGCAAGCAGAAUAUGGAAAAUGUCAACAGCAAAUUAAAGAGCUGAUGAAGAAAUUUAAAGAAAUACAGGCACAGAAUAUCAUUCUACAGAAUGAAAACCAAGCUCUCAAAAAGAAUAUUUCAGCCCUUAUCAAAACAGCAAGAGUGGAAAUUAACCGUAAGGAUGAAGAAAUCAGCCAUCUGCGUCAAAGGCUGUUGGAAUUUCCCAACCAUCGAAGUAUUUUCACCAGAACAUACCUUCCAGGAUCAACUAAAACAAAAGAUUCCAAAUUCAGAUCUUCAGAUUUUGGUGACAAUAUGAAGAUGGAGCAUAGAAUGAAAAAUGACUGUUCAAAAGAUGCAUACCACAGUUACUCAUCUCAUAACAUGGACAGUGGGAAGUCUGGCUCUGAAAAAAGGAACACUCCAGUUUUGCUGAAGUACCCUCCUGAAGAGCUCUGCAGUGAUGGUACUCACACAUGUGCACCAAGCUAUGACCAUAGCUCCAACAAGGAUAACAGAAAGGAAAGAAAAGAAACUAAAAGUAAUGAGCAGCACAGCAGGGGGAAUGUCAGCAAAUACAAAAGAGAAGUACAUCAGAGCACUGGAAAUGAUGGUGACGGUGAGGAGGGGAACUUGGAUCCUCAACAGAAGCUGAAAACCCUUUCAGAGAAGGCUAGUAAAAAUGAGUUGCAACAAAAAAAUCAGAGCAUGAAACUCAAAUGCAGUCCAAAUGUAGAAAGAAGAGUAGAAAGGGGUGUUUCUUCCUGGGAGAAACAGACAGCUGGUAAAGACAGAUUUCAAACAAGAGGUGAAUUGUAUGGUGAUGAGAGAUUACAAAAUGUAUUAAAAAAGGACAUUAAAACACACGAUAAAGGUGAAAAACAUGCUGGCCAAAAAAAUAAACCAAAUGAGAAGCUGCAAGAGCAACCAAGGAGGCCUGGUAGGGGAAGUAGUCCACACUCCAAGAAUGAGCAUUCAAAGAGUCUUCAUGAGUCACGUAAAUGUCGUGUGGAAGAGUCUAGAAAAGUGAAGCACAUUGACUGCAAGAGAGACAGGGGAACAGAUGAUCAUACCUCUCGAGAAGGAAGGACUUCACCUUCUAAUUCCAACAGCAGAGAGCAUAAACAUGCACGCUUGAAGGAAAGCAGUAGUAGACAUGAAUGGGAAACAGCACAUUCCAAAUCAGAAAGACACAGAACUGAAGAAAAAAGGAAAAGGGAAAGAGAGGAUCAGGAUGAAAAUAGACAUUUUAGAAAUGAAAAAAAGGUUGCAAAAGAAUUUUCUCAUCAAUCUGUAAAAGACUCCAAGAAAGGGACACAUGUUACAAAAAGUAAGAGAAACAAAUCCUGUAAGCCAGAAGAAACAUCCAGAGUAGCAGAUAGCUUAAAAGAUAAGGUACCCAAAACUAAAGGUAAUCGCACUGGGCCAAAAAGCAAAGACUUAAAACUUAGCUUUAUGGAAAAGCUAAAUUUAACUCUUUCUCCUAAUAAGAAACAAUGUCUUUCUGCAAUGGAUAGACUUAAAAAGCCUUCCCAAAAGGCCACUGAUGAGGGAGGUACAGAGCUCGCACUGCAAGCAGAACUCUUAGAUUCUGCCCACCCUGUAGACUGUGGUCCCACAGAGCACAGUCAUUCAAUACUACAAGUUCUGGACACUGCAGCUCAGGGUAACAUGGAACCAGCACUGCCUGUUUCUGUCAGUUCUGAAAAUGGAGCCUUGAAAGUGGCAGCAGCAGAUCCAGCACAGCCUGAAGCAUUGCCAGCAGUCACAGCUGAUGAACCAAGCUCAGAAACCUUAGCAGAAGCAGAAGGGGGUCAGGUACAGCCCCAAGCCUUGCCAGAAGCAGCAGAGGUUCCUGAUGAGAUGGAGGCUGAAACGCUAUCAGAAGUGGCAGAGACUUGUGAUCCGGUUGAAUUGGAAGACUCAGUAAAAACAGCAGCAAUGACAGGUCUGAACCACCCUGAAUCUUUGACUCUGGAGGUGACAGGCAGUGUGGCAGAGUGUGAAGAGCUGCCUGUGAUAGAGGGUGAGAUGCAGGGUGAUUAUGUACCAGCAGCAGAAGUGGCACAACCUGAACGUGCACGUGCAAGUAUGGAAGACAUUCCAGAGUCAGCAGCAGAGAAGAAAGAGGAAGAUAAAAUAUGGCUGGCUGCUGACACAGAAAGCUCUGCAGAUCAGUGUGGCUCUCAAAAUGUUGUCUUAGAUGACUCGGAAACCGGAAGUUCUGAUGACCUGAAGUCCUCUGAUGCUGCAGAUGAUAUCAGUGAAACAAAAUCAGACUCUUUAAUGGAAGUUGUUAAGGAUGAUGAUCACCUGGCUGCAAAAAAUAUUGGCCAUCCCACUGAGGAAAAGAAUACCUGUGAAGUGAAUACAAGUACAUCUUGUUCACUGGACAGAACUAAGAUAAGUGAUAAGGAUGAACCAUUAGUUGACCAGAAUACUUGUGAUCUGGGACCAGACCUGACUGAUAACAGUACUGCAACAGCAUCUUCUCUCAGUGGCGAGAUGUGUCCUGUAACUAAAGAGAGAGAAACUAACCCAGUUUCUGUGGAUGAUGACAGCUCAAUACUGAGCAUUGAUCUCAAUCACUUGAGGUAUAUUCCAAAGGCAAUCAGCCCACUGACCAGUCCAGUGCGUCCUUCGGCGAAAGCAUUGAAGAUGGAAAGUCCCUGUAAAGGCCUUGUGAAGACUUACAACAAGGAUUUGAUUCCUGAAAGUACUGUUGUCAUCUGUCCUUCAAAGAACUUGUCAAAGGAGGUAAACAAAGAAAAUCAAAAGCCAGUUAGCAUGUCUGAUGAACACUUAGAGAUCGAGUCUCGGCUAAGUAUCUCUUCAGAUGAAAUAGAAGAAGGUGAAAUCUUAAGUAGCGAUGAAGAAAAAGAAAAAUCUAAACCAGAGAGAGGCUCUGAAAAUACAAAAAUGUCAAGACCAAAAGCUUCUUCUGAGACACGAAAUUUGACCAGCAGCCCGCAGAAUCAAAAUAGCAAAACUGUGCACAGCAAUGAAGAUAAUGGAAAAUUUGUUUCUGCGCAAGUAAGUGCACAAAAGAACAGAGAGAGGCAUAAAAAUCAGACCUUCAGGUCUUCAAAGAAUAUAAGGAAAAAGAAAACUGUGAGCAUUGCUUGUCUUGAAAAAAUAGUUCAUGUUAUUGUUGAACCUUCAAAUAUACAUGAAAUCAUGCAGAUGCUCAGAGCUAUACGAAAACAGAUGAGGAAAAGUUACAUGAAGUUCAAAGUACACUUUCCAGUUCAGCAUUUUCACAGAAUUAUAGAAUCUGGCAUCAUAAAUUUUACAGCAUUAAUAAGAUACUUGAACUUUUCCAAGAUGUGUGCAUUGGGUGAUACAUUAAAACUUAAUAUAUGUGAUAUUAUAGAGUCAAAACUUAAGCAAGUUAAAAAAAAUGCAAUAGUGGACCGUCUUUUUGACCAGCAAGUAUCAGAUAUGAAAAAACAGUUGUGGAAAUUUGUAGAUGAACAGCUUGAUUACUUAUUUGAAAAGAUAAAGAGAAUUAUAAUAAAGCUAUGUGAUGUGGGAAAUGAGGCUGAGGAAGGGAAAUUUGAAACAGCCGGAAAGCAAAACCACAAGAUCAGUAAUAAAAAUGAUGUCCAGAGAUCUAGAAAAAAGUCCCUGAAAGAUGGUUCUGAAAAGCCUGAAGAAUAUACUUCAAAGCAAACUGUGGAUUAUCAACAAUCUAAAUGUCACCAUGAGAAAAAUAAGACAGGUACACCAAAAACUGCCUUUACAAAAUGUCUUAAUUCCAUUGAUAACACAAGAAAUUCCCAACCAAAAGUUCACCUCUCUAAAGAGAAUAAUUUACAAAACACUCUUACUCCACUGAAGGGUGUUAAAUAUGACAAGGAAGGACUCCAGCAGUCCAGAGAUGCUAACAAGUCUGAUCUUAGUUACGAGCUUCUCACAGAACAGCAAGCAUCCAGUCUUACAUUUAAUCUGGUAAGUGAUGCUCAAAUGGGUGAAAUUUUCAAAAGCUUACUGCAAGGUUCUGAUCUCUUGGAAAAAAAUGGUGGCACUAUCAACAGAAAUGAGUGUGAAUUCAGGACUCCAGAAAAGCAGUUCUUAGACAAUCAUAAAUGCAGGGAUAAUGCUGCUGAAUUGGAGCAAGACAUCACUCCAAAGGAGACAUGUAUGGAUUGUAAACUGGAAGAGGAUAUUAGUUGGACUAUUGUUUCACCUGUAAGAGCUCCCUCAUUAACAUCUAGGUCUCAGAUGCCUGUUGAUCCAGAUGUGCUGGAUGAGAGCUGUAUGUUCGAGGUUUCCACAAACUCAGCUUCAUGCAAAGAAGAUGAACUCAAUUUACAGAAGAAUAAAUCAUGUGUUUCUUCUAUCCUCCUUGAAGAUUUGGCUGUUUCCUUAACAAUUCCAUCACCUUUGAAAUCAGAUGCUCACCUCAGCUUCCUAAAACCUGAGAAUAAUUCUAGCUCAGCUCCGGAGGGUGUUGUUAGUGCACAUUUCAGCGAAGAUGCACUUCUUGGAGAGGAGGAUGCCACUGAACAGGACAUUCAUUUGGCUUUAGAAUCUGAUAACUCAAGCAGUAAAUCAAGUUGUUCAUCAUCGUGGACAAGUCGGCCUGUUGCUCCUGGUUUUCAGUGUCGCCCCAGCCUACCAAUGCAAGCAGUGAUCAUGGAGAAAUCCAAUGAUCAUUUUAUUGUAAAGAUUCGGCGGGCAGUGCCAUCUGCCUCACCAGCAUCUGAUCAGACGGCUCCAGUGAAGGAGGCACAGGCAUCCUCAGCCAAGAUUGGAAAAGGAGAAAUGAGAACUGGGGGAAAAGAAGAGGACAGCCAGAGUGCCACCAUGAAAGAAACAGUCAAACCAGAUCUGGUUAAGAUGGAUCACUUGCCUCAUGUCAGCACUGAACAAGAACAAAACCCUACCUUUGCUCAGCCUCUGAAGGAGUCACACAAUAGUAUUGGAAAGGAAGAAACUACUGGCUUGCUUGUAACCUGUAGAAAAUCUCCAGACAAAGAGAGCCACGACACUGAAAGCCCAGAUAAAGGCCCUGAGCAAUCUGAGGCACAGAAAUUGCAAGUAUCUGAAAACAUAAAUGAAAUGCAUAUUAGAUCUCAAGCUUCUUUUCCUGCUGGAUGCAGUAUGAAGUCAUGCAUAACAGAUGGUAUUGUUAGUGGAACUUCAUGUCAUGCAAUGGAAUCCAGAGCAGAUAAUGGGACUCGGGAAACUUCAACAGGAAACUCAGAAGUCAGUGAUAAAAAGGAAGAACUGGAAAAGUGCUUUGAUGCAUCUAUAGACCUAACAGAAGAGCAUUCUAAUGAGAGUGUAGCAGCUGAAUGUGAUCUUGAAACAAAACCCAGUUCAAAGACUAAUGGAGGGUGUCAGAUAAGUAUAGAUGAUAAAACUAAUAAAAAGAGGAAAAAAGAGACUGUGAAAGAGAAUUCCAAUUCAAAAAGGCAACGAAAAGGAACUGAAUCGGCAGGUGAGAGGAGUGAUGAAAGUAAUAUCAGGUCUGAAGAUAGAAAGUCAUCCCCUAAGGAAUGUUCCAGUAAGAAGAAUGAGCUACAGCAGAAUAAAGACCCUUCUCCCUUGGCUUCGUCUCAGUCGUCACCUAGCCUCUAUGCCAAAAACAUCAUUAAAAAGAAGGGAGAAGUAGUAGUUUCCUGGACAAGAAAUGAUGACCGAGAAAUUCUACUGGAAUGUCAGAGAAAAGGACCAUCAAGCAAAACCUUUGUUUCCUUGGCCACUAGGCUGAACAAAAGCCCAAAUCAGGUUUCAGAAAGAUUCAAGCAGUUAAUGAAGCUGUUCAAGAAAUCCAAGUGCAGGUAGACUCAGAAGACUCAGACCAAGUUGCUUCAUGGGUACAAGGUUUAGCUGUUACCUGCAGGGAUGGACUGGAGCCACUGCAUUCAUUUGGUGGGAUUAUGGGGAAGUAUCCAAGUCAGAGUAAUGAGUUUGGUGCAUCCAGUGCACUGUUAGUUAUUUACUUGUCUGGGUUUCCUCUGAACUUCUUUAACAGAGUACUGCAGAGGGAGCUUGACAAACCAAGUGGCCAGGAAAGAAUGGGCUUUGACACUGCACAGGGGGCAGUAUCAUUUCAAGGGGGUCAUCUCCUAUGAGCUAAAGGUGCUCUGUGAGCAAAGGUGGGCAAGAGUGGGAGUGGUGGCUCCUGCUUCACUUGUCGCAAGUUCUGCGUGUGCUGGUGUCAAACUGUGAUCUUAAAAAGGAAGAGUACUUUGGAAUCCAGUUGGUAGAUAAUCCUGGAAAAUGACAGGUAGGUCAGCUUGGUGACUGUGGAACAUAUUUUAAGAAGUGAGGCCAUUUUCUUUUAAAAUGAGGCAGGGCAAUGAUAGCAAUGAUUCCAAAAGUUGCUUAU